AUGAAAUGCUGCAAAAGUGAACUGGAUUUGAGUUCUUGUCGUACGAUGCACCAACCUUCAAUUGGAUGGAACAAUGUGAACGGAAACAUCAAUCAACUUGGGGGGAAGCCUAACGGUCAUUUUCAAAAUGGAUUAACGUCGAGACCUUGGUCAAAUGGUAUACUGCCUAGAGCAGAUGAUAAACAAUCAACGCUUUCCAGGUAUUGGACUGUUGAGAGGCCAAGAAAUGGAAAAAUCAAUAGUUAUCAUGCCGUGAAAAGAAGUUGCAGGGAAAGAGGUAUUCUUUUUGAAGAUGCCUCGUUUCCCCCCAAUAACAGGUCUUUAAGUCUCCAUAAAAAAUUACCCUUACAACCAAUAAUUUGGGCGAGACCUCACGAAUUGUGCCAGAGACCGAAAUUCACGGUCGAAAAUUGUUCCGAUAAUUUAGAAAAUUCAAGGUUUGACAUAGAGGUUGGAGAAUUAGGAGAUGUUUGGUUAUUAGCUGCCAUCUCUUCUCUUACGCUUACCCCUAGAUUUCUUGAAAGAGUGGUGCCCCCGGAUCAAUCAUUCGAUUCAAAUAAUUAUUGCGGAGUUUUUCGGUUUAGAUUUUGGCAUUUCGGAGAAUGGAAAGACGUGCUCAUAGAUGAUCGUUUACCGACUUUUAGAGGCAGGCUAAUUUAUAUACAUUCUUCGAAUCCCACCGUUUUUUGGGCUGCACUCUUAGAGAAAGCAUAUGCAAAAUUAUACGGAUGCUACGAAAAUUUACAUUUGGGUUUCACGACUCGAGCUUUUCAAGAUUUAACAGGAGGAAUCGUUCAAAGCUUCGGAUUGAAUAAUCAAGAAAAAUAUUUGACGUUUCAAGUACUCAAUAGCGCCGUUCCUAGGUCGACUUUAAUAAUUGCCAGUAUAAAUCCAGAAAAAGAAACAAAAAGGCAAUUGAGGCUUCGAAAUGGGUUACUAACUCAAAGUGCUUACAGCGUAACCGGAUUAGCCCGCGUUCGAAAUCAUUUGGGAGAAAUUCCAUUAGUGAGACUGAGAAAUCCGUGGGGCAAAGGUGAUUGGACGGGUCCGUGGAGUGAAAGAAGCUGGGAAUGGGAAGGUCUUAACGAUCGAGAUAAAGAAAUCCUGAGCACAAGAGCUCAAAAUGAAGGAGAAUUUUGGAUGUCUUUUGAAGACUUUGUUAAAAAUUUCACUCACUUGGAUUUGGUUCACGUGAGUCCAGAUGACUGGAUGAACGAACCAGCCUUACAAGCAAAACAACCUUGGAGGGCUGUCCUGGCCAGAAGAAGGUGGAGAAGUGGUUAUAAUGCCGGAGGAUCACCUAUUUACAUUGAAACAACAGCCGUGAAUCCGCAAUUUCGAAUUCAAAUUCCUCGAAGCUCGGGUAAUAAAUGUCACGUUGUCGUUUCUGUAACUCAGCACUACGAGACCUAUUCGAUAGAUAAUAAAAAAAGAAAGCCUCCUUUUGCUAUUGGUUUCGCAGUUUACGAAGUUCCACCGACUACAGUCAGAUUGACUCAAAAUUUCGUGACGGAACACAAACCUCUUGAUGUCACUAAUCAUUCGAUCGCGAGAGAAGUUGUGACUUUUUUUACAUUGCCUCCUGGAGAUUACAUUGUGGUGCCGCAAACAAAUGUUCCAAAUUGCGACAGCAAAUUUUUACUGCGAAUAUUUACCGACGAACAAAGUAAUAUUUGGGAAGUGAAUGAAGACAAUAUGGUUUUUCGUAAUAUAUCAACCGAAUACUUUGAAGAAGCUGUGAUACUGCCUGAUGGGAAACCCCUUAUUUCUAAAUUAUUGCUCAAAUAUCCUGUGGAAGUGGACGCUGUUCAACUUCAAAAAAUACUCAAGUCUCAUUGGAAAGCUUAUCUCACAGAGAAACCUAGUCUAGAGCUAUGCAAAAGUCUGAUAAUGUUAAGAGAUUACAAUAUAAGUGGAAAAAUCAAUGUUUCCGAUAUUCCAAUUUUAAUACACAUACUUCAAUUUUGGAGAAUGGCAUUUCAAAAAUUAGACAAAUCUCAUGGGAAUAAAACAAGCAGUUACAAUUUAAGAACAUUGCUAUGGGAAGCAGGAACAACUGUUUCCAAUAAAGUUUUAGAAUGCUUGGUACUAAGAUUUUCAAAAAAUAUGGUUUUAACAUCUGAAUGCUUUGUAAUGGCCAUGGUUAGGCUUUACCUGGCACACGAAAGAUAUCACAGUUUAGAUACAAAAAUGAAAAAAAAAGGUUUUAAAAAAGUAUCACAUGUGUUUUUAAUGUAA